GUGCGGGGCCCGGGCCGAGGAGACGCCAGCGCCGCGGGCCUGCAGCCGGGCCCGCCGAGGCCGGGGAGGCUGGCGCACGGGCCGAGGGGAGGCUGCGCGUCCGGCCGGGUGGAGGGCGUCCGCUGGGCCUGGGGCGCGGGAAGAUUCUGACGCCUGUUCUGAACGACAGACUUGCAGCUUUGGUGAUUUAACGGGGCAUAGCCGAGGAGCUGGUGAAUCGGGUCCUGCGGUGCACCUGCCCAGUCUGGCCCGGAACCUGACCCCAUGCUGCAGCAGCAACACGCCCAAGUUCAGACACCCCAGUGUAUCUCUGUGUGGACUAGCAUCAUCUCAGUGACCACAUGUGACCUUUGGCUUUCAUCUCGGAGAGUAGGAGCCUGAACAGAAAGGUGUGCUUACUGAUGCACCAUGCCAAUAGUCGAUAAAUUGAAGGAAGCCCUGAAACCCGGCCGUAAGGACUCGGCUGAUGAUGGAGAGCUGGGGAAACUUCUGGCCUCCUCUGCUAAGAAGGUCCUUUUACAGAAGAUCGAGUUUGAGCCAGCCAGCAAGAGUUUCUCCUAUCAGCUGGAGUCAUUGAAGAGCAAAUAUGUCUUGCUAAACCCUAAAACGGAGGGAGCCGGUCGCCACAGGAGUGGAGAUGAGCCACAGGCCAGGAGACAGGGGAGCGAGCAUGCGUAUGAGAGUGGUGGUGAUGGUGUUCCUGCCCCACAGAAAGUGCUCUUCCCCACGGAGCGGCUGUCCCUGAAGUGGGAGCGGGUUUACCGCGUGGGAGCGGGGCUCCACAACCUGGGCAACACCUGCUUUCUGAACUCGACCAUACAGUGCUUGACCUACACCCCGCCUCUGGCCAACUACCUGCUCUCCAAGGAGCAUACGCGCAACUGUCACCAGGGCAGCUUCUGCAUGCUGUGCGUCAUGCAGAACCACAUGGUCCAGGCCUUCGCCAACAGUGGCAACGCCAUCAAACCCGUCUCCUUCAUCCGAGACCUGAAAAAGAUUGCCCGGCAUUUCCGCUUUGGGAACCAAGAGGAUGCGCACGAGUUUCUCCGGUACACCAUCGACGCCAUGCAAAAGGCCUGUUUGAACGGCUGUGCCAAGUUGGAUCGUCAAACGCAGGCAACGACUUUGGUCCAUCAGAUUUUUGGAGGCUAUCUCAGAUCCCGUGUGAAGUGCUCGGUGUGCAAGAGCGUCUCGGACACGUACGACCCCUACCUGGAUGUGGCGCUGGAGAUCCGGCAAGCGGCUAAUAUCGUGCGUGCUCUGGAACUGUUCGUGAAACCAGAUGUCCUGAGUGGAGAGAAUGCCUAUAUGUGUGCCAGAUGCAAGAAGAAGGUUCCAGCCAGCAAGCGCUUCACCAUCCACAGGACGUCCAACGUCUUAACUCUCUCCCUCAAGCGCUUUGCCAACUUCAGUGGGGGGAAGAUCACGAAGGAUGUAGGCUAUCCGGAGUUCCUGAAUAUCCGUCCGUAUAUGUCCCAGAGCAACGGCGAGCCUGUCAUGUACGGGCUGUACGCCGUCCUGGUCCACUCGGGCUACAGCUGCCACGCGGGGCACUACUACUGCUACGUGAAGGCAAGCAACGGACAGUGGUACCAGAUGAACGAUUCCUUGGUCCAUUCUAGCAACAUCAAGGUGGUUCUGAACCAGCAGGCCUACCUGCUCUUCUAUUUGCGCAUCCCAAGCUCUAAGAGGAGUCCUGAUGGCUCCCUCUCCAGGACCGUCUCCUCUAUUCCUGGCCGUCCAGGGCUGGUCCCAGACCACUUCAAGAAGAACAUUGGCAAUGGAACUGUUUGCUCCCCACUGAUUGGAAAGCGGCUAGACCCUGUGACGGUGAAGAAGCUGCCCGCCACUGAAGAGCUUGGCGUGCCCGUUUCCAGGAACGGCUCUGUGUCGGGUCCAAAGUCUCAGAAUGGAUACGUUCCUCCAAAGCCACCCGUGGGGUCCCCUUCCCCCCGACUCUCCAAGACACCCCCUCACACCCCAACCAUUCUGGAUGAGCCUGGAAAGAAAGUCAAGAAAUCGUCUCCCCUGCAGCACCUCUCCCCGUCACGCAAAGCUUCUCAGGGGUUCCAUGGUACCAGCAACGGGAGCGGCAGCAGGAGCGAGGGCCACCGGCAGGGCUCCUGGGACGGCAGGGGUACCGCCCUCUCUACCUCACCCAGGCUCCCAGCCCGAGUGACUGCCAACGGGCACGGGCCCAAGGCGGGUGGCGCGAGCCCCGAGCUCGAUGGGAGGGAUUCCUGCAGCUCCAGUCCAGAGCACUCUGCCAGCAGUGCCCGCCAACGCCCCCAGACGCCCAAGAGCGGAGCUGCCCACUUGGGUGAUUCUCAGGGAACACAUUCUUCCGCUGCUGGCCACUCCAGAGCGCUGCCGAAUGGAGACGACGCCAAGGCAGUGAAGCCCAAGGCCCCUGUCCUGAGCAACUCCGCCACCGAGCCCGCAAGCAUCAUGUCUCCUCCACCAGCCAAAAAACUGGCCCUUUCUGCCAAGAAGGCCAGCACCCUGCGGAGGGCAGCCGGCAAUGACCUCCGUCCGCCCCUCUCACCACUGUCCGAGCUCACCUACCCCAGGAAAACCACUCACCCCGUCGCCGCCGCCUCCUGGCCUGUCCAUGCAAUCAGGGCGCUUUCACCUGCUCCCAGACCAUCCAGCCACCUGAAGCUCCCCGUUGGUCCCCGCUCCGCGUCACUGUCCAGUAGCCCCCGACCUCCCGGGACGUCAGACCCACAGAGCUGCUCCUCCGCCCCUGCUCCCCCGCCUCAGGUCAAUGGGGACUUCCAGGCCCCUCCACACCAGCUGCCAGAGGCCAGCAAGUCCCCCCAGAGCCUCUGUAAGAAGAGAAAAAGGAACCGCAGGGGAGAGAGCCAGGGGCAGAGCUCAGAGACGUGCACAGCAGGGGCAGGCUCUCCAGCAAAGAGGAGAAGGAAGAAGAGGAAGCGCACGGAGGCCAUGGAUGUGUCCCCCCUGCAGGAGGGGCAGAUGCAGCAGCAGCCCUGGAGUCUCGAGCGCAGCAAGGAGGCCCGGGCAGAGGUGCCCGCCGACAGACUAGAGGACAAUGGUGGACGGCAGCAAGAGAAUGGCCAGCAGGUGGGAAGCGUGACCGACAGCCACCAUGUGAGCAAUAGGAAGAGGAGACGGAGGGGAGCAGAGGGCCUCGGUGCAGAAGACCGCCUCCAGCAGAACCCACCUUGGCACAGGAGCUGCUCUCCCUUGGACAUCAUCGAGCUGGAGGCCACGGUAGCAUCUCCAAGGAAAAAGAAAAAGAAAAACAGACCACGGGAGUCACGACAGGAAGUGGAAGAGAACGAGCACCCUGACGCCUGCCCGAGCGAGAGGCAGAGGGGCUCUGCGGUCCCUGGGAGCCCGCCCCCACCGGCUGUGAAUGGCCGGCGCCCCGGGGACCGAGCAGAGCCAGCUCCGGCUCCUCUUGGGCCCUGGAGCAGAGAGAGGGGGUGCGACGUGCUCCAGGAACUGCUCAAGUAUUCGUCAGAUAAAGCUUACGGGAGGAAAGUGUUGACGUGGGGCGGCGAGGUGUCGGCUGUCAGCCAGGACGCCAUUGAGGACAGCAGAUGGGCCCGCGCGGCCACGGUGAUCGACGACUGGGACGAGGAGUUCGAUCGAGGGAAGGAAAAGAAAGUGAAAAAGUUCAAAAGAGAGAGGAAAAGAACCUACAACGCCUUCCAGAAACUUCAGAGUAGACGGAACUUUUGGGCUGUGACUCAUCCAGCUAAGGCUGCCAGCCUCAGCUACCGCCGCUGACCCUGCUGCUGUCGAGAUGGCCUCUGGACGAGGGAUCCGUCCCUGGGCCCUGUCCGUCUGAACCGAAGAGCGGCCUUGUCGGGGACCCGCUGCAGGAUGGCCCGCAGAUCUGGGCUCCUUCGCGCCGGGACCUCUGACGGCGCAGACCCCACGGUGGCGUGCGGAGCGGGCGGCAGCACCCCGGCUGGGAGCCUGGACGGCGCGGUCUGUGGGCGAGAGUGGGGAGGACGGCGGCCGCGCCCCCGCCAGCGCGGGCUCCUCUGGGGAGCGUGGUCCCCACUGCUGCUGCUGCUGGCGGCCAGCACUGCCGUCCGGUCCCGCGCCCGGUGAUCCACGGGGCAGGGGCUGUCUGUAUGCCUUAGGCGUCCCCCUCAGGGCGGAGCCGGCCGCCCCACGCCGCACCCCCACCCGCGCGGCCCUCCCUUGCGCGAGAGACUCCAGGCCAUCCGGAGAGCGGAAGGCUCGCAGCGGUGUGCCAACACGCCUGCCUCUGCAGCCGCCCUGGGUCCUGAGGCGGCUUUGCCCUCCCCCCAGCUGCAGCGACCCACGGGUCUUCACCGAGGUGGUGGUCUUGGGGUAGAAUCCUUUUACUUUACUACUUAAUAGACACGUUCAUUUUGGCCAGGUCUGCGGCUUCCAUUAGCAAUAUAUUUCCUUUCCCUAAAACGCAAUACUUGCUUUAUUUGCUCAAUUUUGUGAGUGCUUUUGAAUUUAGAUGAUUGUAAGACUCAAGAAGAUCACUUUUUUAUCUUGCUCAAGCUGUGCCUGCAAACUUGUUGUUUAAUAAAUACGGGCAACCCUCAGCCAAGGCGACAUUUCCCAGAGAACAGACACGUGACCCAGUAGCAGAGGGCACAGAUGUGAGCCCCAGAGUGGCCCCCCGGUUGCCCGUCUCCACUUCCUCUCCUCCAAAACCCCACGCGCAGAGACAGACGGCGUCUGGCGUGGACCCACCUGUCCCCCGCGGCGGCUCUUCGUGGCCCGAGGCCCCCCGACAGCCUGGUCUGGCACCCCCGUGCCACCUGAGCUUUGCCGCUUCCCCUGGGGCCUCGGGGGAUCCCGGGGGCCUCGGAAAAGACUGUUACCUUUUUAAGGGGGUCGGGGUCGAGGAGGUGUGUUCAUGUUUUCUCGUGGGGUUUUCUUUUUGGUUUUUCUUCCUGUUCUCAUAUUUCCCUUUGAAAAAGAUGGGGGCGAAGCGUGAUGCGGGGGGCCCAGAACUGGGGCUGCCUCUGGUCCCAGCGGGGAGUGAGCGGGGCCCUGGCCGCGUGUGGGCUGGGAGCCGUUGCUCUCUUCUCAGAGGACAGGGUUCCGUGUGUGUGACCCGCUCCUCUCCUCGUUCAAAGCCGCCCCACCCCCGCCCGGUGCUCUGCGGGGCGUCGUCUGCUGCCCCAGAGGGAAGGCAGCUGCCUUUAGGGGCAGCGCAUUUUUCCCCCUUUCCGCGUUGACCUUCGUUCCUGGACGGCCCUGUUUUUCUGUGACGUUCUGUAGUUGGAAAGGGAAGCCGUUGUCUGCAGCAGAGUCUGUCUUUUCGUGCUCCCUCCUCUCCGCACCAGGCUCUUCCCUGUCCGCUGUGUGAUUAUGAGGAAGACGUGCCCUCGUGUCUCGGGCGGUGCUGAGCACUGGCCCGCCGACGGCGUUUAUCACUGUUCCGUCGGGGCGAACCCUUCCCGCCCACCCAAGGUGGCCCGGUGACCUGGGAAGGGGAAGGGUGGGCCCCGAAAGUCAGUCCAAACUCUAGGGGACGUGUAAAUAUGUAAAUAUAUAUGAACAACUAAAGCUUUUAUAAUAGCAGUCACUUGGUUGACUCAGAAUGUGGGUUUAAUUUAACUUUGUGUUGGGGGGGCGGGGUCGCCUCUCCCCGGGGGUCCCGGGCGGCCUCAGGCACCUGCCUUCUCCCGGUGGGCUCAGUCCACGUCCCCGAGCACCGCGCCUCCGCUCCAGGGGUGGGGUAGCCCCGAUGUUGCCAAGAUCCGGGUGCAAUAAAACGAGUUUUUGUGA